GGCACCUCCCACCUCCUUCUUUCCCCAAAACCACCGCCGUCGCCGCUCUCCUCCUUCCUCCCACCUCCUCCCGCAAACCUGUUCGACCAAACCCAGCAGUCUCGGUCGUGCAUAAAGACGACUUUUUCCAGAUCGUCGCCGAGAUCUUCCUCCACGAGCUCGUCGAUUUUGAAUUCCUUCCUCCACUGGAUCGUGUUCUUCGGCAUCGUGAACGCUUCCUUCACUUUGAAAUCCCUAGCUCUCAAGAACUUCAGCAGAACGACGAGGAAGAGGAAGCAGCAGCUGCCGCAGGCUCUUCCUUUGCUGGAAUUUCUGAGCUUCCGUAGCAGCGGCGGUGGUAGCGUGGUAGCGGCGGAAGAGGAAGUCCGAAUCUCCUCCUUUGGCGGCGGCGGAGGAGAAGGAGAGGUGAAGGAGCGAGAGUCCAGAGCUUCCUGGACCAGCUGCUUGAACUCAUCGAGAGCAUUCUUCUCCGAAUCGGACAGAUCAGAGACUCGAUUGCUCUCUUCCUUGAACGAGAUCAGAGACUCCGGAACCUUCAAUUUCUCCUUCUUCUCCGCCUCGCCGGUGAACUCCUCUUUGAUUACCACCGAUUUCGCGACCACUUCGGCUUUCACCGGCGCCGCUUCUACUUCUGCUCUCUUCUCCUCCUCUGGCGGCGGUGCGGCGGAUGAAUCCUCCGCGGAAAUCGCAGCAGCUGGGGCUUGCUCCGGCGGCGGUGGCGGUGCUACCGGGAGCUCUUCUACGGCGGAUUGAGGGGGUGGCGGAGGAGGAGCGGCGGAGGGCGGAGGUUCGUCGGCCAUUUGUUGAGGUUUUGAUAUUCGGUGAGGUUUUGUCAGAGGAGAUGAACAGAUUUGGUGAGGGAUGGUGAAGGAUUGGUCUGCUGGGUUAGGUCGAACAGGUUUGCGGGAGGAGGUGGGAGGAAGGAGGAGAGCGGCGGCGGCGGCGGUGGUUUUGAG